UUUUAACCGAAUUUAAUCGCAAAUAGGCUGAUUUCCCCUUCAGGUGAAGCUCUGUCUGCGGCCCCCGUCCCUGUGCAUUCGUGGUUGGGGCAAGCUACGUCUGGUACAUGGCGGCGACGGGAGGAGCGUCGUCUACCUCGCCGCUAUUGGCCGGCCCGCCGGUGAUGCGCCGGCGGAGGACCGCCGGCGGGGCAACGCCCGCACAGACGCUCGGCAACAUCGUGGUGUCAAUUGUGGGAACGGGAGUGCUCGGCCUCCCCUACGCCUUCCGCGUGGCCGGAUGGCUUGCUGGAUCACUCGGCGUCGCUAUCGCCGGCGCCUCUACCUACUUCUGCAUGCUCCUACUGAUCCAAUGCAGAUAUGGGUUAGAAGCACAUGAUGAUGAAGAGACUGGUGAUGCGACCCAUAUCCAAAGUUAUGGUGAUCUAGGCGCAAAGGCCUUUGGAACAACCGGCCGAUACUUCACUGAGUUCCUUGUACUUAUCGCACAAGCGGGGGGGUCUACGGCCUAUCUAGUCUUCAUCGGCCAGAACCUCUCCUCUUUGUUCACCAAUACCAGUCAUUCUACAAUACCACCUUCCGCUUUCAUUUUCUUGCUUGUUCUCCCCCUCGAGCUCCUCCUGUCAUUUAUUCGUUCUCUUUCUUCUCUUGCCCCAUUUAGUGCAUUUGCAGAUGCUUGCAAUGUCCUUGCCAUGGCUAUUGUUAUCAAAGGGGACUUACAACUUUUUGACAGAUUUUCUUUGGAAAGGGGUGCUUUUAAUGGGAUAUGGGGGUUACCUUUUGCUGGGGGUGUGGCUGUCUUCUGUUUUGAGGGCUUCAGCAUGACGUUGGCACUUGAGGCUUCAAUGACUGAUAGAAGAAAAUUUCGGUGGGUGCUUCUUUUGGCAUUUAUUGCUAUAACAAUGGUAUAUAUUAGCUUUGGGAUUUUUGGAUAUUUAGCCUAUGGUGAUGAGACUAAGGAUAUUAUUACACUUAACCUCCCCAAUGAUUGGUCUGCUAUUGCUGUUAAGGUUGGUCUCUGUGUAGCUCUCGUUUUCACAUUUCCAAUCAUGAUGCACCCAAUUUAUGAGAUUGCAGAGAUGAAGCUGACAUCCAUCCAAUGGUUUCAAAAAUUCCGCUGCAAUGCCUACGGCGAGCGCCUUUGCCUCCAGGGAGCUCGCAUGCUAGUUCUAUUGAUCGUUGCCUUUAUAGCCUCCAGCAUACCUGGUUUUGGGGCUUUCAUCUCACUUGUGGGCAGCACACUCUGUGCUCUGCUUUCCUUCGUCUUGCCGGCCACAUUCCAUCUUUUGCUCAUGGGAUCCAAUCUAAAGCUCUGGCAGAAAGCUGCGGAUUACCUUAUACUCCUCGUUGGGCUUUCUUUUGCUGGCUAUGGUACAUAUCACGCACUCACUGAUCGCCACAAUUAAUGGAAGGUGCUUUUCUUCUCUAUAUCUAUUUUCCUCAAGUUUGCUAUUACUGAAAUAUGGGAGCGUGCUAUCCUAAGUUUUGAGUUUCUGGUUGAAGAAAAAUGCUUCCGAACUGUAUUCAGUUAGAUCUGAUCAGUUUCUAAGGAUGCAUUUCGUUACAGUGCUUCUUCCUCCAGAGAAAUUGCAUUGGUUCUCCAGCUUUUGGGUAAAAUCUCCCUUGAGCAAGAUCUUAAUUCUCAUGUAAUGCCUCCCUUGAGCAUCUGCAGUUAUUUAUGCCUAUGAUGAAAUCCGUAUGUGCUUCUCAAAACCAUCUUGUUAGUUUUGGUACUAUUUUUUCUUUUUUUCUGUAUUGGAGAACUGUAUUAUGGCUGGAUUGGAUCAAAUAAUGUUUUGAUGCAUGGAUUUACGAUUUA